AUGACAGCAAUCUACUUUAUUCUUAGUAUUUUACUAGUCACUGUUCAGAGGUCUUACGCGGGCUAUGCUGACGAUCUCGGAGAUGAAGUUCCUGUGGCAGCGGAAGCCGAGCCACAGGCUUACCCUAGCCACGUUGCUCCUGCUGUCCCAGCGGCGGGGGUAGUCCCAGAAGCGGCUCCAGAUGCGGCAGUGAUUUCAAAUCCACUGACUUACGGUAUUCCAGCCAAGCCGACGAUCGUGGCGCCAACCGCGGAACCAUCUCCAGCUCCAGUUGCUCAUGUUGAGCCAGUUGUGGCAGAGGUUUCAGCUACGGCUCCAACCCCAGAAGUGACCCCAGCUGUGGUGGCGGCACCAGAAGUGACUCCAGCUCCAAUGGGUGCAGCUGUUGAGCCUGCUCCGGCUGUCGUGAAUUAUGGAGCAGCUCCAGCUCCAGCUGCUAAUAUUGGACCAACAGUGGUAGAGGUUCCUGCAGCAGCUCCAGCUCUAGCAUCGGUUGUCGCUCCAACUGUGGGAAUAACGCCAGCUCCAGUGGUAGCUACACCACCGGCAAUAGCUCCAGCUGGCGCUCCAGUUCCAGUAGAAGCUCCACCUGUGGCAGUAGUUUCAGCUGUGACCCCAGCUCCGGCAGUAGCUCCAGCGUCGCCAAUAGCUUCAGCUUUAGCCCCAGCUUCAGUUGUAGCCCCAGGUGUGGCACCGGUCCCAGCAGCUCCUGCAGCUGCAUUAAUAGCUCCAUCAGUGGCAGCAGUUCCCGCUGUGACUGCAGCUCCUGUAGUAGGUUCAGCGCAGGUAGUAGCUCCAGCUGUGGCUGUAGCACCAGCAGUGGCUCCAGCUCCACUCAUAGCUCCAGCCGUAACAGCGGUUCCAGCAGUGCGUCCAGUUCCAGUAGCAGCUCCUGUUCCUGUGGUAGCUUCAGCACCGAUAGUAGCUCCAGCUGUCGCACCUCUAGCUCCAGCUAUGGAAGCAGUUUCAGCAGUGGCUUCAGUAGCGGCUCCAGCUGUUCCUGCUCCUAUACUACCUUACACAACGGGUCAUACUUACUAUCAUCCUCGCACAGAAAUCAGAAACGUCGUAAAGUCGUAUUCUAAAUAUGCCGGCCACUUAGCCAAAACUGAUGCAUUCUCCAACACGGGUCAUGUUCCGCUCAACAUGCCUCCAUUCCGCGAUCUUGCAGAAGCUUUGGCUUCCUUGGAGUCAUUGCGAAAAAACAAGAGACUGGCUUUAGAGAAAGCAUUUGGGUUACAUCACGCGUUUAAUGAGAAGAAGAUUUUCUGGUUUUAA